AUGGACUCACAUUUGAAAAGUCAGCUGGCGGCCCGCCAUAUUCAGAACAUGAGCGAAGCCGCCAUGCUAGAGCCCCAUUGGGGUUACGCAGAUCGGGCUAUCCCGUGCACCAACGACGCCGGAUCCUGUGCUUACCUCGAUGUCGUCUACGGCUCUCAUGAUUUGGGCAUGCUGUACGUUGGUAUUCUAUGGGCCAUUAUUGGUGGUAUUCUGCUAGUCUGGGCCGUCGGUAGGCGAGCUCUGCCAUCACUGUCUGAGGAGGAUGUCCUUCGUGCCGCCCUUCUUGAGGAUACCCGAGCGAGCAAAAGUUUCGUCAAUCGCCUCCGCCAAACUGCCUCCUCAGCGAUUAACCGAUAUCUCCUCCCUGACUGCAUCCGUCCUGUUUUUGGACGGACUACUCGUCUUCAGGUCCUGAUACUUACCGUCUUGUCCGGUUAUCUUCUGGUCUUCUCAUUCGUGGGUAUUCUGUAUAACACGUGGAUUACUCCUGUCAAGAAAAUGCCUGGUGUUUACAACACGCGCACGAGUCUUGGUCCCUGGUCUGACCGUAUUGGCAUCCUCGCCUACGCCCUCACGCCAUUGACUGUCCUCUUCGCCACCAGAGAAUCGAUGCUCUCUCUUCUCACCGGAGUCCCUUACCAGAACUUCAACUUUCUCCACCGAUGGAUCGGCUAUAUCAUUGUCGUCCAGUCAAGCCUUCACACUAUUGCUUGGCUCGUUAUCGAAGUUCGCCUCUACCAGCCUCAGCCUUCAGUUGCCAAUGAGUGGAUUUCCCAGUUGUACAUGAUUUGGGGUUGCAUCGCACUGUUCUUCCUCAUGGCUCUGUACGUCCUCAGCCUACCGCCUGUCAUCCGUUUGACCGGCUACGAAUUUUUCCGCAAGUCACACUAUGUGCUUGCCAUGCUCUACAUCGGAGCUUGCAUAGGGCAUUGGAAAAACCUCGAGUGCUUCAUGAUCCCGUCCCUUGUCAUUUGGUUUCUGGACCGCGCAGCUCGAGGCAUCAGAACCGCGCUGUUGCACCAUAACUUCAUUGAGGGGAAAGGCAUGGGUUUCUCUGCUGCCCAGGCCUCCAUGAAAGUGUUCCCUGAUGCAGACAAUGGCGAUGUUGUUCGGCUCGACUUCGAACACCCCCACGACUCGUGGAAUAUCGGCCAACACUUCUAUCUUUGCUUCACUGAAAGCAGUAUUUGGCAGUCCCACCCUUUUACUCCUCUUAAUGCACCAGCCACCAUCAAUGGCAAGACAAAGCACUCCUAUAUCUUCCGCGCCAAGGGUGGUGAAACCAAAAAAAUAGCUGAGAUUGCUGCCCGUAAGCUGGCUGCUUUGGCGGCGGAAGACAAGAGUCACCCUGCUCCUACAACAUCCGUCAUCCUGACAGGCCCAUACGGCGACCCAAUCUUGCGUAAUAUUACAUCAGAUGUCAACAUCUUGUGCGUCGCUGGCGGUACUGGUGUGACGUAUGUUCUUCCUGCUUUGAUGAGCUUGAAGAAGCAUUCAGCACCGACGCGCAAACUUGAACUUGUCUGGAUUGUGCGACGUAUGAGCGAUAUAGAGUGGAUUAAGCCCGAGCUGGAUGCCCUUGAGACUGAGGAUGGCCCUGAGGUGGUUGUUCGCAUUUUUGCGACUCGUGACACUGAGCGUCAUGCCAUGGAGAGAAGUAGCAAAGUCAUCGAAAGCUCCGAAUCUGGGUCGACAUCCGAUAAAGCUGCGAGCUCCGAGGAGAAGCAUCCUCGUGCAACAGCUCGGGCAAUUGACGGGGUAACUUGCAGCGAAGCUCCUCGACAUCCAGAGCUGGCAGGUUUGGUCCAAGAGUUUGUGGAUUCCACAAUCUCUGGAAGGACAGCUGUGUUUGCCAGUGGCCCAGGUGGUUUGAUGUCCGACAUUCGCGUAGCAGUUUCCAGGUGCAACUCGGUGGGCAAGGUAUGGAUGGGAGAGGAGCGGUAUAACGUGUCCCUAAUCCAUGAUGAGCGCAUGGAAAGAUGA